AUUCUUCUACAAAUUCUAGUGGGCCUACUCCUCGUUGAAAACCCUGCGAUAGUUUGGAUUCUCCUGGGAAUUCUGCAGGCAAAUAGGUCGUCGGUGAAGUUAAUUAUCAACAGGGUACUAAUGGCGGUUGAAAAUGAUAAUGGGCUUAAGAAGAGGGGAUGUGGUUGCACCAAACAAGAUUUCUUACCACAACAGUCAUUUCAUAGUUGGACAAGCUAUGUCUUUGUGUAACACAAAAUCUUUGCUUUAAGACCGCCUACUGGCACGUUCCUUGGACCAACGUAGAGCAAAAUGAAAGACGUGCUCAUAGCCAGCAUGAAAUGAAGAAAACUCUGAAUUGGUAGGACAUGACUUGCUUUGGCACGGGAGCUGUAAUGGGUGCUUGCUUGCUGUAAUAUUUGCCCUUAGUGGUGAAGCCGCCAGGAAUUAUUCAGUUCAACUGCACUGCCCCCAGUUUUGUGCUGUACUGAAAUCCUUUCGAAAGUGGCAUGCAUGUAUUCGGAAUCCAUAAGGGUUUUCCAAGCAAUGUUGUUGGAAGAGGCUUUAGAACCCAAGGAAGUUUUUUUGGUGCUGUAUCAUGAUAAUCAUGGCCUCUUUAACAUGUUAAAACUUUGAUCCUUCCUCGAAUAGGCCGUAACGCCAACCACUUUUCAUCUACAUCAGAAGCUUACGUACAAGAGAAAAAUGAUCAAAGUAAGACAAACAAAAAUAAAUUUCCCGCGUUCAACUAGAAAAAGAGCUCUUACUUUCCCUUUUUCCCCUUCCUUCUUCUUCAACUCACACUGUCAUCGGCGGCCACCGGUAAAAAAUCUCCGGCAAUCUGAUAAUUCCUAGUUCAUACGAAGGUUACUUUCUCUCUCGAUUAUUGUGCAAUUAACAUUUUGUUUUGUUGUUUAAAUACAUAUAUAUAGGUGUUAACUUGGAAUACUUGGCUGGCUUUCUCUGUAGAAAAACAACGUGGAAUCUCUGUUCCUUGUGUUCUUUUGAAAAUUAUUGAUAGUUAUGCUGAUUAGAUUAAUAAAUUAUUUAGUAAAAUUCUCAUGUUGGUUGGGAAAUACAUUUGAUUCUCUGAAGACAUGCGUUGUUUUUAUCGAAUAGACAUGCCACAACAUUUUGUCUCGGUAUCUUUUGCCGACUCUUAGCUUUGACCUUUAUUAACAUCCGAAGUAUUUCACUCUCUCUGUUGACUUUUGUCUUCGAAAACAAAUAUAAACUCUUCUUCUCUGUUUAAAAAUAUCCUGUUUCAUUGAGGUAAAAUGUUUUUUUGUUUCUUUUUCUGUUUGGGUUAUGAGAAAAGGUGAGAAAUUUUAUUAGAAGUUUUGAUUUUUAUUUUGUUUUGGUGGAAAUAUGAUGGGGAUGGACGGUCUAAUCGGAGGCGAAGGAGUAAGGAGAAGAGGAUGUUCAUGCACAAAAGACGAUUUUCUCCCUGAGGAGUCGUUUAAGAGCUGGGGCAAUUAUGUCCAAGCGCUCACGGAAACUCCACGCCGGUUCAUAGGCCGAGUGCUUACCCGAUCACUCGAAUCAACAGAGCUCCACGAAAUCAAGGCUCGAAGCCAGCAUGAGAUGAAGAAGAACCUCUCAUGGUGGGACCUUAUUUGGUUUGGUAUCGGUGCCGUCAUCGGCGCCGGCAUUUUCGUUCUAACCGGACUCCAAGCCAAAGAAGUCUCUGGCCCCGCCGUGGUUUUGUCCUACGUGGUGUCCGGCAUCUCGGCCAUGCUUUCCGUGUUUUGCUACACUGAGUUCGCUGUUGAAAUUCCCGUUGCAGGUGGCUCGUUUGCCUACCUUAGAGUGGAGUUGGGUGACUUUAUGGCUUUCAUUGCUGCUGGUAACAUUCUCCUGGAGUAUGUUAUUGGAUGUGCUGCGGUGGCCCGGUCGUGGACUUCCUACUUCGCCGUCCUCUGUAAUCACCAACCUGAAGAUUUCCGCAUCGUAGUCCACAGCAUGCCCGAGGACUAUCGCCAACUUGAUCCUAUUGCCGUUGUUGUUGUGUCCAUCAGCGGUAUCCUUGCUAUCCUUAGCACCAAGGGCUCGUCGCGCUUCAAUUACAUUGCUUCCAUCUUUCAUGUUACUGUUAUUAUCUUUAUAAUCGUUGCUGGGUUUUCAAAAGCGGAUACCAAAAACUACAGCGAUUUUAUGCCCUUUGGUGUCCGUGGCAUUUUCAAGUCUUCGGCUGUGCUUUUCUUUGCAUAUGUUGGUUUUGAUGCUGUUUCAACAAUGGCGGAAGAGACUAAAAACCCUGCUCGCGAUAUCCCUAUUGGUCUUGUUGGCUCGAUGAUAAUAAUAACAGCUUUAUAUUGUUUGCUUGCUGUGGCAUUGUGCCUAAUGCAACCUUUCCGGCAGAUUGAUAAGGAUGCCCCAUUUUCAGUAGCAUUUGAAGCUGUAGGGAUGUCAUGGGCUAAGUACAUUGUCGCUGCUGGUGCGUUGGAAGGCAUGACAACUGCUUUGCUAGUCGGUGCCGUUGGUCAAGCACGAUAUCUCACACAUAUUGCACGAACCCACGUGAUGCCACCAUGGCUAGCACAAGUCCAUCCAAAGACUGGGACACCAAUUAAUGCUACAAUUGUUAUGCUUACUGCAACAGCCAUCAUCGGCUUCUUUACAGAUCUUGGGAUUCUUGCCAAUCUUCUAUCCGUAUCAACAUUAUUCAUCUUCAUGCUUGUGGCUCUUGCUCUUCUUGUUCGUCGUUAUUAUGUCAGUGGUGAGACAACUACAGCAGACCGUAACAAACUAAUCACUUGCAUCGUGCUUAUUCUCGGGUCUUCAAUUGCAACAGCUACUUAUUGGGGUCUAAGUGACAACAAUGAUUGGAUUACCUACGUGAUUACAGUGCCAAUUUGGUUCUUAGCUACUCUGGGACUGCAUGUUUUUGUUCCAGAGGCUAGUAGUCCAAAACUAUGGGGUGUACCAUUGGUACCAUGGUUACCAUCGGCUUCCAUUACUAUUAACAUUUUCCUGCUGGGAUCAAUAGAUGGGGCAUCCUUUGUAAGAUUUGGUAUAUGGACUGUUGUGCUGUUGUUGUACUAUUUCUUCUUUGGAUUACAUGCAUCUUACGAUACGGCAAAGCAAUCAGGAGAAAAUAAAACCGGAGAAGGCUGGAAGAAAGUUGAAGAAGGUGUUGUGUCUUCAGAGGCCAAGUGAUCUGCCAUGGAACACUUACAAACGGUAGCAAACUACCAAUUCUUCUACAAAUUCUAGUGAGUAAGAGUGUUUGUUUAUUGUUGUGAAUUGUGAUCAAUGUGUGUGUACUGGAGAAAAGUGUUUGCCUCGUAUAGGAAGUAUAAAAAUUAUCUCAUCAGGUUGCCACAGGUUCCUAUUUAGUGAAAGCGUGUGAAUAUCUAUGAUGAAGGUUGUCUGAUUGAACGAUGCACAUUUUAAUCA